AUGUCCACCUCCGAGAAAGAUGUCAAGGCCGGCGUAGCUCCCGACCCUUCUAUUGAGGUCGAAUACGCGAGCGACCAUGAUAGAAGCGGCUUUGACCAGGCCGCCACCAAGAGACUUAUUCGAAAGAUUGAUUGGACUCUGAUUCCAUUCCUUGCCUUGUUGUAUUUGCUGUCCUUCUUGGACCGCACCAACAUCGGUAAUGCUCGGCUGGCCCAUAUCGAGAGGGAUCUCGGCAUGAGCGGCCUUGAUUACAACGUGGCUCUGUCUGUGUUCUUCCCCUGGUAUGUCGCCGCCGAGAUACCCUCCAACUUGGCCAUGAAGCGCUUCCGGCCUUCGAUAUGGAUCCCUUCCAUCAUGAUCGCUUGGGGUGUCUGCUGCACCCUUAUGGGUGUUGUUCACAACUACCCGGGUUUGUUGGCCGCUCGCAUGGCUCUCGGCCUCGCCGAGGGUGGUUUGUUCCCGGGUAUCACCUACUACAUCACCAUGUGGUACCGACGCCACGAAUGCGGUCUUCGCAUGGCCAUCUUCUUCUCUGCUGCAACUGCUGCCGGUGCUUUUGGAGGCCUUCUUGCUCGAGGAAUAGUUGAGAUGGAUGGAGUUGGAGGCAGACCCGGUUGGGCUUGGAUCUUCAUCUUAGAAGGAAUCCUCACUCUCGCUGUCGCUAUCGCCGCCUUCUUCAUCAUGAAUGACUACCCUGCCACUGCAAAGUUCCUCACCGUUGCCGAGAAGGAGGAGGUCACUCGUCGCCUGGAACAGGAUCGGUCUGCUCUUGCCGAUGAGUUUAGCAUGGUCUACUUCAAGGAUGCCCUGAGGGACUGGAAGAUUUGGGUGCACAUGUUCAUCACCAUCGGAAUCUACACCCCGCUAUACUCCUACUCCCUCUUCCUCCCAACCAUUGUUAGCGGACUCGGAUAUGCCAACGAGACGGCCCAGUUGAUGACCGUACCACCGUACAUCGUGGCCUGCGUAUGCUGCAUCGGCGGCGGUUGGCUGGCUGAUCGUCACCAACAGCGUGGUAUCUACAUGAUCUUCUUCUGCCUGGUAGGCAUUGCUGGCUUCAUCAUGCUACUCUCUUCCCAGAGCAACGGUGUCAAAUAUGCCGGUUGCUUCUUCGCUGCCUCCGGUAUCUACCCCAAUGUCCCCCAGGGAGUUGCGUGGAACGGCAACAACAUUGGAGGCUCCGUCAAGCGAGGCGUCGGUAUCGCUAUGCACGUCGGUUUCGGCAACCUUGGUGGUGCCAUCGCCGGUUUCCUUUAUCAGGCAAAGGACAAGCCGCACUACUACCCCGGCCAUGGCACACUCUUGUCGACGUUAACCAUGUCCAUGUGUCUUUCCACCUUCAUGACUAUCUACUUGCGCCGCGAGAAUGCUCGCCGGGAUCGCGAGUACAAGGACCCUGCUCAGUACACAACCGAGGAGAAGGCCGCUGAGCGUCACAGGGGCGACAACGCCACCUUUUUCCGAUACACUGUCUAG